AUGAAUAACCACAAUUUCAAUAACGGCCGCAAUGGCAACAGGUAUAACAGCAACAACAGCAACAGAUGGAACGACCGCCAGGGACGCAACCAGAACAAUAGUGGCUACAAUGAUGGCUACAAUGGUGGCCCCAAUUUCCCCCAACAUGGUGGAAAUGGCUGGGACCAAAACAUGCGUCCAAACUACUACUACAACGAUGAAAGUUGGUUUGGGAACCAUCGGAUGUAUGGUGAUUUUAGAGGCCCACCACAACAUGGUGAUUUUCGAGGCCCACCACAAUAUGGUGGAUACCCGCCCUCCAAUUAUGGAGAUUUUCAAGGUUCAAAUAAUCAAGAAGACUAUUAUCGAUUUGGACAGAACAAUGGCCCACCAAUGGGUUACGGUCUACGCUACUGGAACGAUAAUAGGGAGCAGUACUCGGGUCCUAAUCCGGAUGCCCAGUACUCAUCUAGUAAUGGCCCACCGAUGAAUCAAGGUGGUGGCAGACAGUCUCAGCAGGACAACAAGAGAACUCGUGAUAGCACGAACGAUGAUUCUGAACCAGCUGCCAAGAAACACAGUAACCUGCCAAAGAAGGAAACUACCUGCGGAAACUGCGAGGAAGUUGGGCAUCGUGUCAUCCACUGCAUUGGACCAGUCUCAGGUUCAGGGUUUAUCAUGGGAUGCGCAUUUUGCAAUAGUGGUGGCCACAUCAGCCAGGAGUGUGAGCUUUACGACAUCAUAAACGACGUAGACAAAUUGGCGAAAAUAUGCCUUGAAGACAGAGAAAACCUGCCACCAUUGGCCUGCACUAUAAACCCAUUGAGGCACAGACUCGCCGGCCCAGGGCAAAAGUACGAAGGCAGGGGUCUAUGGACUACGGAUACUGCCAUUGAAUACCAGCUGGCCAACCCCAAUUACUGGAAAGGUCACAAAUACAUGGAGGGCAAUAACCAAAAGGAGGUAAUCGGCACAGAACGGGACAAAAGAUGGUCAUUCAAGGCACAAAAUCCUGGCGGCAUGUCACGAUUGAAGAACCCUAAUGUCUGUGAUACGAUUAGACCAAUCAAAUUCCGCGCUGCUUGGAAACCCGCUCCAGUCAUACAAUCCAACCAGGGAGAGAAAGGCAGACGAGAUGAUCCAGGAAACAGUGGACGUCGAGGUCGAAGCCGGGGAAGAUCACGAAGCCGGAAAAGAGCACGAAGCCGGAAAAGAGCACGAAGCCGUGGAAUACCACGAAGCAGAGGAAGAAGAAAGUCAAGGAAUCGCGGAGAUGAGAGGAGCUGGAGCCCUCGAAAGUUGGUCAGAACCAUUGACACCGAUAGGACUCUAUCCGUCGCUGCCCCGCCAACUCUAGUAUGCACAAAUUUUAAGGACACUACGCAUAGCGAGGAAGAAUGCGCCGCUGCCUGCGGCUGCUGUGGUGAAGCUGGCCAUCAGCUAGACGAAUGCCCUGGAAUUCAACUCAAAUGCGUUUGUAAAACUACACCAGGCCAUCUCAUCUUCGACUGCAAGCUACCCUGCAAUGCACGCUUAUGCACAAACAACAAGGAAGAAUCCGGUCAUUAUUUGUUCAAUUGCCCGACCAAAUGCUGUUUCUGCGGUACUUUGGGGCACAGUGGGAAAAGCUGUCUUGAAGCAAGAAAUGGCUGCAAGGUGUGCAGAAGUCAUGACCAUGUCACAGCGAUGCACGCUGUCGGUGGAAAUGUCUUAAGCUUGCACUGCACCUUGAGGGGAUGCUCAAUGUUCGCAUGCAAGAAACAUUGCCAGAAAUGUGGCUUUAAAAACCACCACACAGAUAAGUGUGCGAACAAAGUUUCGAGAAAUGUGGUUAUUUGCCUGGGCAAACAUAGCUCGAGUUUGGGGAUUGCCCCUCACUGCGCUGAGUGUGAAUCCAAGCGGGAGGCGAAGAAAGCCAGGUUGGUGAAAAAAGAACCGUGA